GUAGCUUCAUCCCAUAUACCCUACCAUUCUCCCCAUAAACCCACAAGCCAUACGGCACAGCUCAACUAUACUCUCCCAAUGUCCCACCUCCGCUCUACAUACACUGGAGUAACAAUCGACGCAGAGAAAACCCUCCUUUGCAGAUGUGGCUAUGCUAUGAGGAGGUACACAGUCAAGGAUAUGGGGAGCCCAUACCGAGGAGAACAAUAUCUCGCAUGUAGAAGACACUCCAAAGACAAAGAGCACUGCAAGAGCUUGAUAUGGUUUAACGAAGCGUCUCAGGUAGAGGGACUUGUUCCUCGUCUGGCUGUUCCGCAGACUCCGAAGAAACAAACCGAUAUAAGGGAGUUUUUGACGCCACCGAAAUCGUCAUCAUUGAAGAGGAAGCGGGUAAACAUGGAUCCUGGGAGCUUAGACGAGCUCCCCGGAGAUGACAUUGAGGAUAGCGAUUUGUCAGAAGAGACUCUCGACUCGCCAUCUCGGAGUAGACAAAGACUGCUCAGAGGGGAUGAUUCGACGCCGGUAGCACGUUCGCUGUUUGUACAGGAGGGUAUAAAUACUGCGCGGCGUCGACCUCUUCGACGAUUUGGAACUCCGCCUCAUCGACUCGUGGAGACGAGCACACCACGAAACCUCGAAAUUAUCAGCUCUGGGCUGCUGACUCCGGGGUCAGGUGGCCGUGGGUAUAGAAAGCGGUGGCUCGGCAUGGAAGCACCGGCAACACCAACUAAGCAGAAUCAUAUUUUUGCCUCUCCAGCAUGCGUCGUGGAUGAUGAUGUUAGUGAUUCGGACUCAUAUGGCUGGGAUGAGGAAUUGGUUGCUGCCAUGCUGGAUAGCUCGGACCAGGUAGAGCCAUUAGCAUAAGCUCAGCUGAGGGCAGGACAAACGCAUCGGGGUGAAAGGGUCUUAAAUUGCUAUUUUGGACAUCCAGUUCGAGAUAGGGUUCAUGCGCAACAAAUAGUGAAAUGUAGAACAUGACAUGAACGUGCAACGCUC